CGUCAUAACCCCACCCGACCGCAACCGCAGCCGAUCGUAGCGCAGGUGGCGACCGCAGGGGGGUAUGACCACAUACGGGCCGCCGGUUGAAAUGUGUGGACGGACAUUAGGGUGCAGAUCGCAGGGCGCAGAUCGCAGGGCGCAGAUCGCAGGGCGCAGAUCGCAGGGCGCAGAUCGCAGGGCGCAGUGGCAGAUUUCGAUGAUGACUCAUCGCCCAACUUCAACUAGUGUUGGAGGGUGGGUGAUGUAGAUUGCUGACCGCAGGCUAUAGUUUGGUUUGAGUGUGAGAGUUUAUGAUUAAUGUUGAAUGUUGUGUGACCACCACACUGGAGUGUGAUGAAAUAAUUGUGGUCAGUGUAGUUCUAUUUUUUCCCAGGAAGAACAAGAGUAAAAAAUUAUAUUUGUUUUCGUAUAAAAAGGGCAAACGGUUUCAUAUUGUAAUCAUUAUAUUAAAAAUCAUUUAUUUAAUCAAAUUCAAAAUUAUUGUUAUAAAAAUGAGAGAAUUUGUAUGUAAUAUUUGUGAGAAAACUUACGAACAUAAUCAAUCUUUGAAUCGUCAUUUGCGUUUACAACAUUCAAUUGAGUGUGUGAAAUGUAAUCAGAAUUUUAGUACUUAUCCAGAGCUUUUAAAGCAUAUGAAGUCAAUGGACCACAAUGAAAAAAAAGAGGAAAAAACGGUAUACUGUGAAAAUUGCAAUUUAGCUAUUCCAAAAAAUCAGUGGAAGAAUCAUAUCAGCACUAACACACACAUCGAUAAGUGUGUAAAAUGGUUAGAUAAGGAUGUGUCUUGCUUUGGAUCUAGCUUUCAAAAUCGAAUAGAAAGUUAUAAAAUAAAAAAUAGUGAGAUCAAUAACUUGAUACCCGAAAACUUUUUCAAAUCAAUUCAAGAAAAAGUAAUCAAUAUAAUUCAAAAGGCGUUGCAAAAGCAUGAAUCUAUUAAAUAUAAUUGUACACUACAUUGUAAUUAUAUUUUGAUGAAAGAGAAAGCGGAAGAUGAAAUUAGUUUAUUUACACAUCACACAAAAAUGUUGGUACUAUCUCCCUCAAGUACACUGGAAGAAAUUUUAAAUCAUUAUAUUGAAAAUUGUAAUGAAAUAAUUAAAAAAAUGAGUGAAUUCCAAGAACGAGAUAGUGGAUGGACUUUAAUCGAAAUAAAACAUCUAGAGAUCAACAUCAACAAAUAUACAUGUUUGAGAGGAUCUCAAUACAUAAAUCUUCCUCCCAAAAUAAGGAAUAAAAAGGCUUGCAUCAAUGUGCAAAACAAUGAUGUCUAUUGUUUUAAAUGGGCAAUAAUAUCAGCAUUAAAUCCACUUCCAAAGGAAAAGAAACCACAUAAAUGUAGCAACUACAAAGUAACGGACAUUAAGGCACACAUUAUAACAUUGGAAAAUAAUAUAAUAUUAAAUUUUGAAAACAUGGAAUUUCCCCUUACCAUAAAUAAAAUCAGAGUCUUUGAGUUGCAGAAUCCUGAUAUAAGUAUAAAUGUGUUCGGUUUAGAGGAUGCUAAGAUUAUAGGUCCUUACUAUUUUACAGAAGCUGAGAAAUCAACUCACAUCAAUCUUCUCCUAAUAGAAGAGGAUGAUAAAUUUCAUUACAUCUGGAUAAAAAAUAUAUCAAGAUUGUUGCGAAGUUCUAUAACAAAGAAUAAAAAUAGGAUUCAUUUUUGUAACACCUGCUUAACUCAUGUUUCUUCAAGUAGUAGACUAGAGAAACACAAACGUGAGUGUAAAAAGAUGGUGACAACAAUGCCAUCAGAUAAAGAUAAAAUACUUAAAUUUAAGAAUUUUAAACAUAAAUUAGAUAUUCCAUUCUCAAUUUAUGCUGAUUUUGAGUGCAUUCUUCAACCGUUAGAGAUACAAAAUUCAAGUAAAGUAAAAUCAGUUCAAAAACAUAUUCCAUUUGCAUACAGUUAUUAUAUCAAAUGUUCAUUUGAUUCAAAUUUAGACAAGAUUAAAAUUUAUUCAGGUGAAGACUGUACAAAACAUUUUUUUAACUCAUUAGUGGGAGAGAUUGUAUGGAUUUAUAACAAUUAUUUAUCUAAAGUAAAACCAAUGAAUUCCUUAACAUCAAUUCAACUACAAUACCAAAAGGAACAUCCGAUUUGUCAUAUUUGUGAAAAGUCUUUUUUAAAUACUGAUGUUAGAGUAGCUGAUCAUUGUCAUUUGACAGGUGAAUACAGAGGACCUGCUCAUAAAAAUUGUAAUUUAGAGUAUCAAAUAGCAAAUUUUGUUCCAGUAUUUUUUCAUAAUCUUUCAGCAUAUGAUUCUCAUUUGUUUGUUAGAGAACUCUCCUCUGUAGUUGGUGAUAUAAAUAUUCUUCCAUUAAAUAAGGAACUUUAUAUUUCUAUAUCGAAAAGAAUUUAUAUAGAUUCAAAUAAGAGUAUUGAAAUACGUUUUCUAGAUUCUUGUAAAUUUAUGGCAUCUAGCUUAGAAAAGCUAGCGGGUUAUUUAUCUGAUGAAGAUUUCAAUGCUGUUAAAUCAACUUUUGUUAACGAUAGUGAAUUUAAUUUAAUGAAGCGUAAAGGUGUAUUUCCUUAUGACUAUUUAGAUUCUCCUGAACGAUUAGAAGAAAACGCUUUACCACCUAUUUCCAAUUUUUUUAAUAAGCUAACUAAUGAGGUUUGUAGUGAGGAUGACUAUACACACGCUAAAAAUGUAUGGAAUACAUUUAAAUGUAACAAUUUAAAAGAUUACUUAUUACUUUAUUUGAAAGUUGAUGUUUUGUUAUUAUGCGAUGUGUUUGAAAAUUUUAGAAAAGUAUGUAAAAAAAUUUAUAAUUUAGAUCCAUGUCAAUAUUAUACAGCACCUGGUUUGUCUUGGAGUGCAAUGUUAAAAACAACUGGAAUAGAACUAGAAUUAUUAACUGACUUUGAAAAGUAUAAUUUUAUUGUUGAGGGUAUUAGAGGAGGGAUUGUUCAAUGUUCUAAACGAUUUUCAGUUGCAAAUAAUAUAUAUGUAAGUGAUUAUAAUCCAUGUCAAGAUUCAAACUUUUUAAUUUAUUUAGAUGUUAAUAAUUUAUAUGGUUAUGCUAUGUCACAGUAUCUACCUUACAAAAAUUUUGAAUGGGUUGGAAAUAUUGAAAUGUUUAAUUUGAAUGAUAUCAAAGAAGAUUCGGAGAUAGGAUAUAUAUUAGAGGUAGACUUAGAAUAUCCAUCCUCAUUACAUGAUUAUCACAAUGACCUACCAUUUUGCGCUGAAAAUAAAAAACUUGGUUCUAUGAGACAAUCUAAAUUAGUGUUGAAUUUAAAUGAUAAAAAUAAUUAUAUCAUACAUUAUAAAACUCUUCAACAGUGUAUUAAACAUGGAUUAGUUUUAAAAAAAAUACAUAGAAUUCUUCAGUUUAAACAAACGAAUUGGUUGCAAAAGUAUAUUGAUUUAAAUAACUAUCACAGAACUUUAGCUAAAAAUUUGUUUGAACAGAAUUUUUUCAAAUUAUUAAAUAAUGCUGUUUAUGGCAAGACGAUGGAAAAUGUUGAUAAAAGAAAAUGUAUUAAAAUUGUAACUAACUGGGAGAGUAAAGGUAGAAAAUUGGGUGCGAGGGCUCUUAUAGCUAAACCUAAUUUUCAUAGUUCACUCAAAAUAUCUAACGAUAUGGUUGUAAUUCAAAUGAAAAAAUCGCAUGUUGAAUAUAAUAAACCAAUAUAUAUUGGAUUUACUGUUUUAGAACUAUCGAAAUGGAAAAUGUAUGAUUUUCAUUAUAAUUAUAUGAAAAUAAAGUUUAAUCAAUCAACUACUCUAAAUUACAUGGAUACCGAUUCAUUUAUUUAUGAUAUUAAAACAAAAAAUUUCUAUGAUGAUAUUCGAAGUGAUAUCACAAAAUAUUUUGAUACAUCAGCGUAUCCAAUUAAUAAUAUUUAUAAUUUUCCGUUAGAAAACAAAAAAGUUCUAGGAAUGAUGAAAGAUGAAUGUGGUGGAAAAAUAAUGAAGGAAUUCAUUGGUUUACGUUCAAAAAUGUAUUCAAUUAAGAUUGAUAAAGUAGAUGAAGAAAUAAAGAAAAUAAAAGGUGUAAAACAUUGUGUUACAGCAAAACUUUCAACCAACGAUUUUAAAAAAUGUCUUUUUGAACAAAUUAAUUAUUAUGAUUCUAUGUAUGUUUUUAGAUCAAAAAUUCAUCAAUUGUACACACAACAUAUACAUAAAUUAGUUUUAAAUUAUUUAGAUGAUAAGAGAUUUAUAAGAGAAAAUGGUGUUGACACCUAUGCUUGGGGACACUAUAAAAUAAAAAAAUAAUUAAAAGAAAAAAAUGGUUUUGUUUGUUUUGUUUUUUUCACAAGAUAUUAUAUUUAUUAAAGAGAAAUUGUAUACAUAAAUGACCACAAUUGUAAGUAUUAAAUUUUUGUUUUUGUUUAUAAUUGUAUUCGAUAGGUGGUUUUAAAUAAUUAAUAAUUUCCAACGGUGGUUGUAAAUUACCAAAACUAUCAAAAUAUUCCUUAUAGUUGUAAUUUUUGUAAUAGGCAACCCAAUGUGUUCCUGGCCCAUUAGUUGUAUCUAAAUUAACUAUUCCACAUUCUUGUCGUAGUGGUUUGUUUGGUAAUGAGUCACGCAUAAAAACCCCUCUAAAGUGUUUCAAUGGCUUGCAGUACUUAACCAAAUCGAUAUCCGUCAAUGGUCGAUUGGGUAAUCUACUUAGAAGUUUUUUGGAGCUGGUUUAUAGUAAAGUCCAUAUCCUUUUUUAUAAGGUUUAAGAUAUAAUCCUUUUCCCAUAGCAAUUGAUUCCAUAUAUCUGUUAUGACGAGUAGCUUCAGCUAAUUGUUCUUUCCCAUUUUUGAUAUCCUUAACUGCUUUUACAAUAGCCGAUCCUCCAGUUGCUAAACCUCCAAGGGCUGAUAACGCAGUUAAAAUUGGAACUAUUGGUAGAAAUCCACCAAUUUUUGGUACUCGAAUGA